GUGGACACCCCAGGAUGGCUGACCCACUCCACUACUCCACACAGAGUGUCUAAGGAGCUGAAGAGAGCUCUGGCCCUCUGCCACCCGGGACCUGAUGCCAUCCUACUGGUACUGCCCACCUCCUCCAUGUUUGGUCAGGAGGAGUGUUGGGCCAUGGAAGCCCAGCUCAAACUGCUUGAAACACCCCUCUGGCAGCGAGUUAUCAUCCUGUUCACUCAUGGGGACAAAUUAGGAGCCCUCCCAAUCCAAGAGCACAUACGUCGACAGGGUGGGACUUUGCAGUGGCUGCUGGAGCGAUGUGGGAACCGGUACCAGGUUAUGUACAGCCAGUCCAGUAUGGCACAGCCUCAUGUUAGUGAGCUCUUUAGUAAGAUCCAGAAGAUGGCAGAAGCUUCAGAGAAAAGAGGAGGAGCAAUGCUCAGGGAGGAGCAAUGGAGGAACACGAGGCGACAGGAGAUAGAAAUGGCAGUGAUGGGGAAUGUGUAUGAUGGCCGUCCAGGACAAAGGCAAAACAUUGGCUCACUAUGGCGAAGAGGAUUCACAGUCGGCACAGAUGGUUUGAAGCCAGCACUCACCCUCAUCCUGCUGGGAAGGAGAAAAUCAGGGAAGAGCUCCGUAGGCAACAUGAUGCUGGGCAGAGAGGAGUUUCAGAUGGACACAAAGACAGUUCGAUGCUCUGCAGGCCAAGCAAAAAUAUCAGGGUGGUCUGUGACGGUGGUGGACACCCCUGGUUGGAGUCUGUUCGCUCAGGCUAAUCCUGAGCAGGUGAAGAGAGAGAUCCUACAGAGCUCAUCGUUCUGUCCUGCUGGAAGCAAAGUGAUGUUCCUACUGGCUGUUCCUGUGGAUUCAUUUGCAGAGAAAGACAGAAAGGCUGUGGAGACAUAUCUCAGUGUGCUGGGGGACAAAGUCUGGAGGAGCACUGUGGUGCUGUUCACCUAUGGAGACAUGCUGAAGGAAAGGACAAUUGAGAGUUACAUCAGGAAGAAAGGAGAGUCUCUGCAGUGGGUGCUGGACUUGUGUGACCACCGGCACCAUGUCUGUGAUGCAAACACUAGUGACACAACUCAAGUGGAACAGCUCCUGGAGAUGGUGGAGACGUCUUCAAAAAUAUAUACAAAUCCGGUUUUAAAACCAGGGAAGAACAAUAUAGACUAUUUUACUAUCAACCAUAGUUCAUUAAACCAAGUUACACUGAGAUAGAUCACGGAUCAGUACAACUUUACAAAUACAAAGCUAGACAAGUUAAACAGAGUUAAACACAUUAUUUAGAACCCUGUUAGAUUUAGGUUUAGUUUUACUGAUAUACAGGGGUUGGACAAUGAAAAUGAAACACCUGGUUUUAGACCACAAUAAUUUAUUAGUAUGGUGUAGGGCCUCCUUUUGCGGCCAAUACAGCGUCAAUUCGUCUUGGGAAUGACA